AGCGAGGGCAGCACCGGGGAAAGGGUUCCAGUCCGCAGGGAGUCCUAAACAAAGACCCGAGCCCCGACUCGCAUACGUACCCGUCUAGCCUGUUGAAGGAACCAACAAAGACCGAAAGCAUCGUCCGAAGGAACGUGUGACCCCCAGCCAUGGCCGUUGGCGACAUCCUCUUCCUUCUCACCGACGCCGAGUAAUCCCAAUAACCCCACCUCCCCGUCUCCGCGAUACCCAACCGACGAACGACUCAAUCCGGGACGAAUGCGCUGACGGCUCGAUCCCCGACGCGGACGAUCAUACCCUCAGUCCUAAGCUACUGGUAACGAGGCGCGCCGUGUCUUGGCGACGACGAACCAUCCCGCGACAACAUCGCCAAUCCUCGCCAAUCCUCACCCACCGAACCCCGGUAUCCCUAUUCCCAAGAAGUAUCCUUGGCGGGGCGCAACGCAUCGCCCGCGAUGGCCGUUCAAUCCAAAGUGUCCCUCAUCGGGAUCCCCUCGAACCGCACCAUCACCAACCUCGUCCUCCAGCUGACCCAGCUCUACCUCGCCAACCGCUCGCGCAUCUCCCGCGCCGUCUGGAUCACCCUCUUCGUCGCUCUCGCCAACCGCAUCCGCCAUGCCAUCUCGGAACAGAAGGCCGCGUCGGCGCGCGAGGCCGCCGCCCGCGAGACCCGCGCCACCGUCGCCGUGUCGGACGAGGACGUCACCAAGAAGCGCAAGAAGGUCGAGCUGAACCGCGAGUUCUUCCGCUCGCUCAUGCGCCUGCUCAAGAUCGUCAUACCCGGAUGGAGGACCAAGGAGGCGCGCCUGCUCAUCAGCCACUCCUUCUUCCUGGUGGUGAGGACGUUGAUCAGUCUCAAGGUUGCCGCGAUGGACGGCGCCAUCGUCAAGAGUCUGGUCAAGGGUAACGGGAGAGAGUUUCUGACGCAGAUCGUGUGGUGGAUGCUCAUCGCCAUCCCCGCGACGUUUACGAAUUCAAUGCUUUCCUACCACCAAGCAGAGCUGUCGCUCAAGUACCGGACACGGUUGACGCAGCACAUCCAUGACAAGUACCUCUCUAAAUUAACUUUCUACGGCAUCUCCGCCCUCGACGACCGGAUAAACAACCCCGACCAAUUGAUCGCCGUCGACGUUGCCAAGUUCUCCAACAGCUUAGCCGAGCUCUACAGCAACCUGGCGAAGCCGAUCCUGGACAUGACCAUCUACACCCAUUCGCUGUCCCGCAGCGUCGGUGGCGAGGGAGUCGUCACCAUGGCCCUCCUCGUCCAGCUCUCCGCCAACGUCAUGCGCGCACUCACGCCGCCUUUCGGCAAAUACGUCGCCGACGAGGCCCGUCUCGAGGGCGAGUUCCGCUUCCAACACUCGCGCCUGAUUGACCAUUCGGAAGAGGUCGCGCUCUACCACGGCCAUGAGGCCGAGAAGGACACCCUCGACAAGGGCUACUUCACCCUCAUCAAGCACGUCAACUACAUCCUCCGGCGCCGCUUCUACCACGGCUUCAUGGAGGACUUUGUCAUCAAGUACUUCUGGGGCGCCCUCGGCCUGCUCCUCUGCUCCGUGCCCGUCUUCGUCAAGAUGCCCGGGCACAUCUCCAUGAACAUGGGCGACCGCACAGAGAGCUUCGUCACGAACCGCCGCAUGCUGCUUUCCGCGUCCGACGCCUUCGGCCGCAUCAUGUUCUCGUACCGCGAGAUCAUGGAGCUGGCGGGCUACACGUCGCGCGUCGACUCCCUCCUCGAGGUCAUGAACGACAUCCGCGCCGGCCGCUUCGAGAAGAAGCUCGUCUCCAGCUCGGGAACCGAGAACAAUGAAGCCGUCCUCAAGGGUCGCGGUACCGUCGUCGAGAGCAAGGACAUUGAGUUUAUCAACGUCCCCAUCAUCUCCCCCAACGGCGACGUCCUGAUCAAGGCCCUCUCCUUCUCCCUAAAGCAGGGUGAUCACCUCCUCGUCGUCGGCCCCAACGGCUGCGGCAAGUCGUCCCUCUUCCGCAUCCUGGGCGGCCUCUGGCCCGUCUACGGCGGCAUCGUCUACAAGCCCCCCUUCUCCGACAUCUUCUACAUCCCGCAGCGGCCCUACCUCUCCCGCGGCUCCCUCCGCACGCAAAUCACCUACCCAGACUCCCUCCGCCAGAUGCGCGCCAAGGGCGUCACCGACGCUGACCUCCUCUCCAUCCUGACCCUCCUCGGCCUCGAGCACCUUCCGGGUCUCUACGACGCCGGCUGGGACGCCGAGGCCGAGUGGCGCGACGUCCUUUCGGGCGGCCUGCAGCAGCGCGUCGCCAUGGCCCGCCUCUUCUACCACCGCCCGCGGUACGCCAUCCUCGACGAGUGCACCUCGAGCGUCACCCUCGAGACGGAGAAGGUCAUGUACGACAACGCAAAGGCCCUCGGCAUCACCCUCAUGACCGUCAGCCAUCGCCGCAGCCUGUGGAAGUACCACAGCCGCAUCCUCCAGUUCGACGGCCAGGGCAACUACGUCUUCACCAAGCUCGAUGCCGACCGCCGCCUCAAGCUCGAGGACGAGAAGGAGGACCUCGAGGUCCUCCUGCGCCAGGUGCCCGAGAUCGAGAGGCGCAUCGCCGAGCUGACGGCCGCGUAAGCGAGCGCAAAGGAAACAGUCGCGGCGGCUGCUGGGCAAGGGGUAGAAGAGGGUGUGUUGCUGACGAAGGCACGGGGCCAAAGGGGGGGACACGAACCUGCGUAGUAUUCACAGGGUCCCCAUAAGAGGCUCGAGUGGGCGAGGGGAAAUGGGGGAAAGGGGUAUCAUCAGCAUGAUUUCAUGGAUUUAUGGAAAGCUGCAAUCUGUACAUAGUGUAGAACGCACGACGACACGCACACUGGACCUGGCGUAGAACUGGCCCGGUAAUCGAAAGACUUUAAUAUUAC